AUGAAUCCCGGCGAUCGUUGGAAUCCCGGAUGGCAACAGUUUAUGAUGAAUCAACAGAGAGCACAAGCUGGUGGGAAUAGGCAUCCACAACCACAGCCAAUCAAUCAAUUCGGACAACAACCUAGACAGAAUAUUGAAAGAAAUGUACAACAGCGACGCAACAACGCCCCGCCUUUUGUUCAGAAUCAGAAUCGAAGAGUUCACAAUCGUCCCAACAACAAUCACAACAAUGCGGCUAGAAGAGAACACAGAAAUCCAAUAAGAGAAGUUUUGACGAGAGACGAUUUGGAGAGAAUUGAGACGGUGUCUCGUAAAAACUAUCACACGAGAACUGCAUUGGAGUAUAAUGAUCGAGAAGAUCAGUGUUGGUUGAACAUUUUGAAUGAAAUCGAUGAAAAAUCACGUCAGUUCACAACUGCUCAGAAUCACAACGGCGGUGAUAUUUCGCUUCCGAGUGAAGAAAACAUCUGCUCAAAUCUUCGUAUCGUAAAUCAAAAUGAGGUGAUUAUGGCGACGAGAGAACUCCUUCGAAACUACGGAGCUACCGAGCAAGAAUUAAAUGGAGCACUGAAAAACUUGGAGAUUCAUUUGAGAACUAAUGCCCUCGAAUACAGUUUCAUUGAAGGAAUCUCUGCCGAACUCAUCUCGAAUGCAAGAAAAUUGACUAGCGAAAUCAAUGAACUCGAUGACAUUCUGCGUCGCAUCGAUAAAAUCCGUCUCCAGAAAUAG